AUGAAGGUCAGCGUAUUAGUUACACUUAUUGUUUUACCGAUGCUUGCAUCAAUUGGUCUGUAUUGUUAUGCGUUUAUAAGUACACGUUGGAGUUCUAUUGAUGAAGACUUAAUUAAUCGAUAUAGUGAAAUAAAUGAUCGACAACGUUCUCAAUCAACUACAAAAUCUUAUAAUAAUACUAAUAUUCAAUUACAAUCACAAUCAAUUCGACAUGCAUUUCGUUCACGUUACGGUUUAUUUGGAUAUUGUUUAGAUUAUCGAUGGAUUAAUUUACUUGCACCUAAACCAAUAAGAAGAACAAAUGAAAAUCUAUUGACAACAAAACCCGUAUUUUUUUGUGAUCGAUGCAAUCAACCAAUACUAGAAUGUCCUGAAACAGGAUGUUGUAUGAAACGAUGUGAUUCUAUACCUGAUUGUCCAUCAUAUAUCGAUGAAAAAGAUUGUAAUCGUCCAUAUAAUGAAACACGUUAUUUUUGGCCAGAAAAACAUUGUAUUUGGAAAUCAACAUGGAUUGGUAAUCAACCAAUACCACGUUAUGAAUUAUCCUAUAAAGAUUCACCAAAAGAAUUUCAUUACUAUAUGAAACGUAUGCUUUAUUAUAUUAUGUUUCUGUUAUUUGUUGCUGCACCAUUAUUAACAUGUGUUGCAUUAUUAAUUAUAUUUUGUAUAAAUUGUGUUCAACGUUUUUAUUCAAUUCCAUUUGCAUUUGUUAGUUUCAUAUCGUUAGCAUCAUUUUUAAGUGGUGCUGGUGCAGUCGGAAUAUUUUUAUAUGAAUGGGUACAAGAACGUUUGCAUCGACCUGAUUUUACUUAUGAUUUAGAUCAAGCUGAAGCAUUAGUUGUUGCCUUUAAUCCAUGGCUUGUUAAUGUCGAACGUUUAGGUUUAGCUUUUUGGUUAGUAGUUGCUGCUGUUGGUACAACAUUAUUUACAACAAUACUUAGUUGUUGUUUUUGUUGUGGAUUACAAUCAGAAAAAUCGAAAUUACGUUUUCAUGUUGAUAAUGAAGUUUAUGAAAUUGUUCAAAUGGCACCUUAUGAUGAGUGA